AGGAUGUGGCACUUAGAGCUCUUAAAAUGGCGAACGGGAGGUUCGAAGCCGCCUUGGACUUGCUGGCCAAGCAGCAUAUUCCAGUCGAAACCGUCGUCAACGGAGUAGCCAAAUCAUCUAAUGCUGGUAUGUCAAUGCUCAGCACAAAGCUUAUGCGGAAACCCAGCCUGGAGCGAGAGCUGCACCGAGGUAGUCCUGCCCUGGACAGUGGCGCAGGCAGCUCUCGAUCCGACAGCCCUCGGCAGCUGGCUGAGUUGAUGGGCCACCCUCAGCUUGCAAGGCAGUACUCUCCAAGUGGCUUCCCUGAGCAACCUCCGCCGCCGCCUCCUCCCCGUUCUAGUGGCACUCCACCUCCGCCUCCUCCGCCGCAUGCCUACCCCCAGCUGUUGAAGCGAAUGUCUCCUGCACCUCGAGGUACCAGUCCUGUCUCUCGUCAGCCGAUGGUAGUCCAGAAUAACCCACAAGUGCAGCAGCAGCUCUCUCAGCAGAUGCAAGCCCUCGCUCUUUAUCCUAACAGUGAGCCACCGCCACCUUAUCCACUUCCUCCAUCCUAUACAGCAUCCAUUCAGAGUCGACAAAGUCCCACGCAGCAGGACUAUCGUAAAUCACCUUCUUCGGGCAUCUAUUCUGGGCCUGCUUCCGCAGGCUCGCCGAGCCCUGUGACUGUAGGAGGUAGCACAACUCCUACCUCUGUGGCUAGGCCGACGCCGCUCCACUCGUGGGGUGCAAGGCAGACGAAGACCCAGCCUCCAAUCAUCAUGCAGUCGGUGAAGAGCACUCAGGUGCAGAAACCCGUCCUACAGACAGCAAUCGCUCCCACCUCGCCACCGCCCCCCUCUUAUGCUUCUUCCAUGCAACAGAAGCAGGGUAAGCCACCGACUCCAGUGCCUACAACCGAACCUCCUAGCUACGCCAGCACAAUGCAAGCCCUCGCCGCUCAACGCUGCAUUGUUGGCCAACCUUACUCGGAAGAAGCAACAGUUGUUGAGAGCGGCACGACACCUAAAUCUUCUCCCACGAUUCAUCUUCCUCUCCAGCGUAAAUACUCACCAGGAGGUGAGCAGCGAGCAGAAAGUCCAGCAUCCAAUGGAGGACAGAGAACACCUCCUCUUCCUCCCACCGCAUCAUCUUCUGUAACGAAAGCAAACCAGAACCAAAAUCAGAAUGGUGACAGGCGGCCUUACAAAAUUGAUCAUCAGUCACCGAUUCCUGAAAGGAAACAUAUUAGUAAAGAAAAAGAAGAAGAAAGGAGAGAUUGUAAAGUUCGUAAUUACUCUCCGCAGGCGUUCAAAUUCUUCAUGGAGCAACAUGUAGAAAAUGUAAUAAAAUCGCAUAAGCAAAGGGUUUUCAGAAGGAUACAACUGGAAACUGAAAUGUCUAAAAUAGGAUUAAGCGAAGAAGCCCAGGCUCAGAUGAGGAAAAUGCUGUCACAAAAAGAGUCCAAUUAUAUUAGACUCAAGAGGGCCAAAAUGGACAAGUCCAUGUUUGUGAAGAUAAAGCACAUCGGGGUUGGGGCUUUCGGGGAAGUUACGCUUGUUAGAAAAAUCGAUACCAAUCACCUGUACGCGAUGAAGACUCUUCGCAAGGCUGAUGUUUUGAAAAGGAAUCAAGUCGCACACGUCAAAGCUGAAAGGGACAUUCUCGCAGAGGCUGACAAUGAGUGGGUCGUCAAGCUUUACUACUCCUUUCAGGACAAAGACAAUCUUUACUUCGUCAUGGAUUAUAUACCAGGAGGAGAUCUUAUGUCUCUACUGAUUAGACUAGGAAUUUUCGAAGAACCACUCGCUAGGUUUUAUAUUGCUGAGCUGACGUGUGCUGUCGAGAGUGUACACAAAAUGGGUUUUAUCCAUCGUGAUAUAAAACCUGACAAUAUACUUAUAGACCGAGAUGGUCAUAUCAAACUUACCGAUUUUGGCCUCUGUACUGGCUUCAGAUGGACGCAUAAUUCGAAAUACUAUCAAAGGAAUGGAGAACAUGGAAGGCAAGACUCCAUGGAGCCAAAUGAGGAAUGGGUUGGAGCCGAGUGCCGAUGCCACCAGCUGAAGCCGUUGGAGAGGAGAAGGAAACGAGAACAGCACCAGCGCUGCCUCGCACAUUCCUUAGUCGGUACACCAAAUUAUAUUGCGCCAGAGGUCCUCCUUCGAACGGGGUAUACGCAGCUGUGCGACUGGUGGUCCGUUGGUGUCAUAUUGUAUGAAAUGCUUGUUGGUUCGCCUCCUUUCUUAGCCAACACUCCAGCGGAAACCCAGUACAAGGUGAUAAACUGGGAAACUACGCUUCAGAUUCCUAAAGCCGCUAAGGUUUCACCCGAGGGCACUGACCUCAUCCUGAAGCUUUGUACUUCCGCUGACAGACGUCUUGGCAAGAAUGCAGCCGAAGUUAAAGCUCACCCGUUCUUCAGUUCGGUUGACUUUGAGAAAGGUGUUCGACGUCAAGCCCCUCCUCAUAUCCCUCGUAUCAAGCACUCGACGGAUACUUCAAAUUUCGACCCCGUCGAUCCUGAUAAGCUUAGGAACUCUUCGUCAGACUCGUCUAAGUCUGACGAGUUAAGUGAUAGUGGAAAACCGUUUCAUGGAUUUUUCGAGUUCACAUUCAGAAGGUUUUUUGAUGAUGGUGGCGCAGCACCGUACCCAAACAAAAUUAGUCUUGAUGAUACAGAAAAUCAAGGUGCUGUUUAUGUAUGA